CGCUACUUGGAUCGAGUGGCAGCAACGGAAGGGCGGUCAACGGACACCACGGUGGUGCGAGUGGUGGAGGGGUACGAGCCCCCCAUGUUCACGGUGCUCUUCCCCCACUGGGACCAUGCUGCGAGCGCGGCCCUAGCAGACCCCUAUAACCGCAAGCUGGCUCUGCUGCAGGGAAAAUCGCUCGAGCUCUCCGAUACGGCCAAGCGUCGGCUCGCAGCACUGACGCACCAAUCCCCAUCCGCCACGUCAUCCUCCUCCACCCCUCGCUCCUCCUCCACGCCCCACUCCCCCUCCGCCAAGCCCACCCUCUCCUCGCUCACCAUCUCCCCCGCGCUCAUCAAGGGGCUGGCGGGCAGGAGGGGGCCCUCCCCCGGCCCUUCUCCUUCAACCCAGCGAGCCGCUGCCAUGGCUGCGCUGACUGGCGCGCUCAAAGGGGAGAAACUGGAGCCUCUCAAGCUCGCCAGGGGAAAUUCUCUCUCAGGCUCGGUGCAUGAAGCGGAUAACGAGGAUGAUGAUAGCGAGGAUGGCGAGGAGGAGGGGAAGAAGGGCGGCGGUGGCAGCAGUGACAGUGCAGCUGCAGCAGGAGGAGGAGCAGGAGGAGCAGGAGGAGCAGGGAAUGGGGAAGCAGCAGUGGAGGGGGUGUGUUAUUCAUUUGACAGGCUGAUCAUUGACAGCAAGAACCCGAUUCGAGGGAUUGACACUACAAGAAGAGAGUCGUACCUGUCAGAGGCGGAUUUCCUCCGCAUAUUUGGGUACGACAAGGGCAAGUUUUAUGCCAUGCCCAAGUGGAAGCAGGACCAGAGAAAGCGCUCUCUCGGGCUCUUCUAG